AUGUGCCCAGCCCAGCCACAUCCCUGCCGCCGUGGCUUUAUUCCAAACAUUCGAACAGGAGCGUGUCAAGAUGUGGAUGAAUGCCAAGCCAUCCCUGGGAUGUGUCAAGGAGGAAAUUGCAUUAAUACAGUUGGAUCUUUCGAGUGCAAAUGCCCAGCUGGACACAAAUUUAAUGAAAUAACACAAAAAUGUGAAGAUAUUGAUGAAUGUGCCACUAUCCUGGGGAUCUGUGAAGCCGGUGAAUGUGCUAAUACAGUGGGCAGUUACUUUUGCAAGUGUCCAUCAGGAUUUUUUACAUCGGCGGAUGGAUCAAGAUGUAUAGAUGUUCGUCCUGGGUAUUGUUAUUCAUCGUUAUCCAAUGGCCGUUGCACCAAUCAGCUCCCCCAGCUGCUACCUAAGAUGCAGUGUUGCUGUGAUACUGGAAGAUGUUGGUCUUCAGCAGCAACUACACCACCUGAAGUGUGCCCCUUCCGUGGGACAGAGGAAUACCGGAAACUGUGCACAAUGUCUUGGGCACGUCCUGGACAGAUCCCUGGACUGGAACCAGGACCAGUUAUUCCUCCUGGGUUGCCUUAUCCUCCAGAUUACUUUCCUCCGAUAGGUCCUCAGAUUCCACCAGGCUAUCCUCCUGUGUUUCCACCACCAGUUGUUCCUGGAUAUCCUACCCGGGCUCCACCAGUGGUUCUGCCGGUAAACCUUACACAACAGCAGCCUGUGACAGAUUACUGUGUUCUGUUCCGGAACCUGUGUUUGCAUGGUCGCUGCAUCCCUACUCCUGGAAGCUAUCGUUGUGAGUGUAACAAGGGAUUCCAGCUAGACGGUAGAGGAGAAUGCAUAGAUGUUGAUGAGUGUGAAAGAAAUCCUUGCCUUCAUGCAGACUGUGUAAAUACACAGGGAUCCUACAUCUGUCAAUGUUAUGCUGGAUUCCAGAGUACAUCAACUAGGACAGAAUGCAGAGAUAUUGAUGAGUGCUUACAGAAUGGAAGGAUCUGUAACAAUGGCAGAUGUGUGAAUACAGAUGGCAGUUUCCACUGUGUGUGUAAUGCCGGCUUUCAAGUGUCGCCUGAUGGGAAGAAUUGUCAUGAUAUGGAUGAAUGCAGUGUAACGAACAUGUGCCUUAAUGGAAUGUGUAUUAAUGAGGAUGGAAGUUUUAAAUGCAUCUGUAAGCCUGGAUUCCAGCUUGCACCAAAUGGACGAUUUUGUACAGAUAUCGAUGAGUGUGAGACACCUGGCAUCUGCAUGAAUGGACGUUGCGUAAAUACAGAUGGCUCCUUUAGAUGUGAAUGCUUCCCUGGUCUAGCAGUUGGACUUGAUGGUCGAGUGUGUGUAGAUACUCACAUGAGGAGCACUUGCUAUGGAGGUUACAAGAGAGGUCAGUGCGUCAGACCACUACAAGGAGCAGUGACUAAGUCAGAGUGCUGCUGUGCCAGCACCGAAUUUGCAUUUGGUGAACCAUGUAAACCCUGUCCUGCCAAGACUUCAGAUGAAUAUCAAGCACUGUGCAGCAGUGGCCCAGGAAUAACAUCUACAGGAACCGAUAUUAAUGAAUGUGCUCUGGAUCCUGAUAUCUGUCCUAAUGGAAUUUGUGAAAAUCUUCGUGGAACCUACAAAUGUGUUUGUAAUUCUGGAUACGAGGUGGACACUACUGGGAAGAGUUGUAAUGACAUUGAUGAAUGUGCAAUAAACAGACUGCUAUGUGACAACGGACAAUGUCGGAACACUCCAGGAAGUUUUACCUGCACCUGCCCUAAAGGAUAUGUCUAUAAACCUGAUCUCAAAACUUGUGAAGAUAUUGAUGAGUGUGAGUCCAACCCCUGUAUCAAUGGCGCAUGCAAAAAUAUUCCAGGAUCCUUUUUGUGUGAAUGCCCUCCUGGAAGUACAUUGGAUACAACCAAGACAAUCUGCAUUGAAACUGUUAAAGGCACAUGCUGGAAAGAUAUAGUGAAUGGAAGAUGUGAAGUCAACAUCAAUGGGGCAACUUUACGGUCACAGUGCUGUUCUACAUUAGGCGCCGCCUGGGGAAGUCCUUGUCUACCUUGUGAACCAGAUCCUGUCUGCGCUAAAGGUUUUGCAAGGUCAAGAGGCACAACCUGUGAAGAUGUUGACGAGUGUAAAGUGUUUCCGGGAUUGUGCAUCAACUCUCGAUGUGUUAACACAAUGGGAUCCUUUACUUGCGAAUGCCCCAAUGGGAUGACGCUUGAUGCUUCAGGACGCACGUGCCUUGACAUCCGCUUGGAGACUUGCUACCUAAAGCACGAGGAUGAAGAGUGCUCUGCUCCUAUUGCUGGACGCCACCGGAUGGAUGCCUGUUGCUGUUCUGUUGGGGCUGCUUGGGGAUUUGACUGUGAGCAGUGCCCCCUGAAAGGAAACCCAGAAUUCGAGAUCCUCUGCCCAAGAGGACCUGGAUUUGCUUCUAAAGAGAUAACACCCGGAAAAGUCUUCUCCAAAGAUAUUAAUGAAUGUAAGAUGAUCCCAAGUUUAUGCAAGUAUGGAAAAUGCAGAAACACUAUUGGUAGCUUUAAGUGUCGAUGUGACAGUGGUUUCGCUCUGGAUGCAGAAGAAAGGAACUGCACAGAUAUUGAUGAAUGCAGGAUAUCACCAGAUGUGUGUGGACAAGGCAACUGCAUCAACACACCAGGAGACUUUGAAUGUGACUGCUUUGAAGGAUACGAGAGUGGAUUCAUGAUGAUGAAGAACUGCAUGGAUAUUGAUGAAUGCCAACGAAAUCCACUCCUGUGUCGUGGUGGAAACUGUCUCAACACAGAGGGAAGUUUUAAAUGUGAAUGUCCUGAUGGGCAUGAGGUCACACCUGAUGGCACGACUUGCUUAGAUAUCAACGAGUGUGAACUCAGCACUGACUUGUGCAGACAUGGGCGAUGUAUAAACCUGAUUGGAAGAUACCAAUGUACUUGUGAACCUGGAUAUAAGCCAUCAGAUGAUAAACUCUCAUGUGUCGAUGUCAAUGAGUGUGACAUUUUCAAUGGUGGAUGUGACACAAAUUGUACAAACUCCCAAGGAAGUUAUGAAUGCAGUUGCAUCGAAGGUUUUGCUUUAAUGCCAGACUACAGGACCUGUACAGAUAUCGAUGAGUGUGAAACAAACCCCAAUAUUUGUGAUGGAGGCCAAUGUACAAACAUACCCGGAGAGUACCGCUGCCUCUGCUUCGAUGGUUACAUGGCAUCUGUUGAUAUGAAGACCUGUCUAGAUGUUGAUGAGUGUGAACUCCAUGAUAACAUCUGUCUGAGUGGAAGUUGUGAGAACACAAAAGGCUCGUUCAUCUGCCACUGCAAUCCUGGUUAUUCUGGAAAGAAAGGACAAACUGGAUGUACAGACAUUAAUGAAUGUGAGAUUGGUGCCCACAACUGUGACAGGCAUGCCACGUGUACAAAUACACCUGGAGCUUUCAAAUGCAGCUGUAAUCCUGGAUGGGUAGGGAAUGGCAUCAAGUGCACAGACCUUGAUGAAUGUUCAAAUGGAACUCAUUUGUGUAGUCCAAAUGCAGACUGUAAAAACACCAUGGGAUCAUAUAGAUGUCUAUGCAAAGAAGGAUACUCUGGAGAUGGCUUUGUUUGUACAGAUAUUGAUGAGUGCACCGAGAAUGUGAAUCUGUGUGGAAAUGGUCAAUGCCUCAACACCCCUGGUGGAUACCGAUGUGACUGCGAUAUGGGAUUCUUACCAAGCAUUGAUGGAAAAACAUGUGAAGAUAUUGAUGAAUGUGCACUGCCCAACAUCUGUGUCUAUGGUACCUGCAAGAAUCUCCCUGGUCUCUUUAGAUGUGAUUGUGACAUAGGAUAUGAGCUGGAUAGAAGUGGAGGCAACUGUACAGAUGUGGAUGAAUGUGCUGAUCCAACAACCUGUAUUAGUGGUACAUGCUCAAAUACUCCUGGUAGCUACAAUUGCGAGUGUCCACCUGACUUCCAGCUAAACCCCACUCGAGUUGGAUGUGUCGACACUCGGUCUGGCAACUGCUACCUAGAGGCAAAGCCGCGCGGAGAUAACGGAGACCUGUCCUGCAGUGUUGAGAUUGGCGUUGGUGUAUCCAAGGCUUCAUGCUGUUGCUCACUUGGGAAGGCCUGGGGGAACCCCUGUGAACACUGUCCUCCAGUGAAUUCUACUGAUUAUAAAGUUCUGUGUCCAGGAGGAGAAGGAUUCAGACCAAAUCCUAUUACAGUUAUUUUAGAAGAUAUCGAUGAAUGCCUUGAGUUGCCAGGUCUCUGUCAAGGUGGAAAGUGCAUAAAUACAUUUGGAAGUUUCCAGUGCCGUUGUCCACCAGGAUUUUUCCUCAAUGAAGAUACUCGUGUUUGUGAUGAUGUGAAUGAAUGUGACCAGCCUGGAAUUUGUGGCCCUGGAACAUGUUAUAACACUGUUGGCAAUUAUACCUGUAUAUGUCCACCUGAUUACAUGCCAGUAAAUGGAGGAAACAACUGUAUGGACAUGAGAAGAAGUUUGUGCUUCAGAAAUUAUUAUGCUGACAAUCAGACUUGUGAUGGAGAAUUACUUUACAACAUGACGAAAAAAAUGUGUUGCUGUUCCUACAAUAUUGGGCGCGCUUGGAAUCGACCUUGUGAAGAGUGUCCAUUGCCGAGCACUGAUGAAUUUGCUGGACUUUGUGGAAGUGCUCGUCCUGGUUUUGUCAUUGAUAUCUACACUGGACUGCCAGUUGAUAUUGAUGAAUGCAGAGAAAUUCCUGGUGUUUGUGAGAAUGGAGUUUGUAUAAACAUGGUGGGAAGCUUCCGAUGUGAAUGUCCAAUGGGAUUUUUCUACAAUGACAAGUUACUCAUCUGUGAAGAUAUUGAUGAAUGCCAGAAUGGCCCAGUGUGUCAGAGGAAUGCAGACUGUGUUAAUACAGCAGGGAGCUACCGCUGUGACUGCAAACCUGGCUACAAGUUCACACCCACAGGACAAUGCGUCGACCGCAAUGAGUGUCUGGAAAUUCCAAAUGUCUGCAGCCAUGGAGAGUGCCAUGAUAAGGUUGGGGGAUAUUACUGUGUGUGCCACAACGGAUUUAAGACCAAUGAUGAUCAGACUAUGUGUCUGGAUGUUAAUGAAUGUGAAAGAGAUCCUUGUGGCAAUGGAACAUGUAGGAAUACAAUUGGAUCUUACAACUGCCGCUGUUUCGAUGGGUUUAUCCUGUCACACAACAACGAUUGUAUAGAUAUCGAUGAAUGUACCACGCUGAAUGGUCAGUUAUGUAGAAAUGGGCAGUGUGUCAAUGUUAUCGGAUCCUUCCAAUGCAUCUGUAAUGAAGGCUAUGAAAUGACAUCCGAUGGAAGAACAUGUCUAGAUAUCAAUGAAUGUGAACUUGAUCCUGGGAAGUGCGCUCCUGGAACUUGUCAAAAUCUGGAUGGCUCCUACCGCUGCAUCUGUCCUCCUGGAUAUGUGCUGAAAGAUGACAAGUGUGAAGACAUUGAUGAAUGUGUUGAAGAGCCAGAAAUCUGUGCUCUGGGAACUUGUAGCAAUGUUCCUGGCAGCUUCACCUGUCUGUGUCCUGAGGGGUUUGUACUAUCAUCAACAGGAAGGAGAUGCCAAGAUUUACGACUUGGUUUAUGCUACACCAAAUUUGAAGCUGGACAGUGUCUUUCUCCAAAGACUCUAAACCACUCCAAACAGGAAUGUUGCUGUGCAAUGAGAGAAGCAGGAUGGGGAUCCCCAUGUGAAAUAUGCCCGGUGGAAGGAGAUGAGGCUUUCCGAGAGAUCUGUCCGUUUGGAAGUGGUGUGGUGGUUGGACCAAAUGAUGAGCGAAUUGACAUGGAUGAAUGUACCGAUCCAGACAAAUGCAAGAAUGGCCAGUGUAUCAACACAGAUGGAUCGUAUCGGUGCGAAUGCUCCUUUGGAUAUGCGCUUACAGGAGAUGAAUGCAUAGAUAUUGAUGAGUGCUCUGUUGGAAACCCUUGUGGAAAUGGAACUUGCAAAAAUGUGAUUGGUGGAUUUGAGUGCACUUGUGAAGAAGGAUUUGAGCCUGGACCAAUGAUGUCCUGUGAAGAUGUUAAUGAAUGUGCUCAGAACCCUCUGUUGUGCGCUUUUCGAUGUGUCAACACCUAUGGUGCAUAUGAAUGCAAGUGUCCAGCUGGUUAUGUGCUCAGGGAAGACAAGAGAAUGUGCAAAGAUCAGGAUGAAUGCGAAGAUGGUCUUCAUGACUGUGACUCUAAACAAAUGAUGUGCAAGAAUCUCAUUGGAACAUAUAUGUGUAUAUGUGGACCAGGGUUCCAGCGUAGACCGGAUGGUGAAGGCUGUAUAGAUCUGAAUGAGUGCCUUAAGCCUGGGCUGUGUGAAAAUGGAAAAUGUCUGAACACCAUGGGCAGCUACAAGUGUGAGUGCAAAGACGGAUUCAAUGCCAGCAUUACAGAGACAGAAUGUAUUGACAACCGUCUCGGAUAUUGCUUCACCGACGUAUUACAUACAAUGUGCCAGCUUGGAUCGUCAAACCAGAAUUCUGUUACCAAGUCUGAGUGUUGCUGUAAUGGUGGCAGGGGCUGGGGUAUUACCUGUGAGAUCUGCCCCUUCUCUGGAACCGUUCAGUUUAAAAAGCUUUGUCCAUAUGGCAAAGGAUAUACAACUGGAGGAGAAGAUAUUGAUGAAUGUCAUGUUCUACAUGGAAUUUGUCGCAAUGGACAGUGUGUAAACGAAAGAGGAACAUUCAGAUGUGAAUGUAAUCUAGGUUAUAUCCCUGAUGUGACUGGCACAUCCUGUAUAGAUCUUGAUGAAUGUGGUCAGUCUCCCAAACCUUGCAAUUUUCUUUGCAAGAAUACUGACGGAAGUUUCCAGUGCUCCUGUCCACGUGGUUAUGUUUUGCAGGAAGAUGGAAGAAGCUGUAAAGAUCUUGAUGAAUGCGCAACCAAGCAACAUAAUUGUCAGUUCAUUUGUGUGAACACAAUGGGAGGAUUUACAUGUAAAUGUCCUCCUGGAUUUACACAGCAUCAUACUGCCUGCAUUGAUAACAAUGAGUGCGCUCAAGAAGUGAACCUGUGUGGUGCUAAAGGCGUUUGCCAGAAUACUCCAGGCAGCUAUGUGUGUGAUUGCCAGCGUGGCUUUUCCCUCGAUCAGAGUGGAGCAACAUGUGAAGAUGUGGAUGAGUGUGAAGGAAGUCAUCGUUGUCAGCAUGGAUGCCAGAACAUUAUUGGUGGCUAUAGAUGUAGCUGCCCACAAGGCUAUCUCCAACAUUAUCAGUGGAACCAAUGUGUGGAUGAGAAUGAAUGCUUGAACACCCAUUCAUGUGGGGGAGCUAUGUGCCACAACACAUUGGGAAGCUUCAAGUGUAUAUGUCCAACAGGAUUUCAGUUCGAACAAUUUGCUGGCUCAUGUCAAGACAUCAAUGAGUGCAGCUCUUCUCAAGCACCUUGUAGCUACGGUUGUUCAAAUACUGAAGGAGGAUAUGUCUGUGGCUGUCCACCUGGAUACUUCAGAAUAGGACAAGGACACUGUGUAACAGGAGCCGGACUAAGCAGAGCUGCCCAGGAUAUGGCAGCGAGUGGAGAAAUAGAUGAUAACUCUUUGUCCCCCGAAGCUUGCUAUGACUGUAAGAUCAAUGGCUAUCCCAAGAGAGGAAGGAAACGAAGGAGUGCCAAUGAUACCGCGUCAAGUGAUAAUGAGGAUCAGCUUCAGUUGGAAGCCCCUGUUAGCCUCGCCAGCUGGGAUUCUGAGAAAACUGCAAUCCUUUCCUUUAAUGUUUCCCACUUGCACAGUAGAGACCGUAUUUUGGAGUUUACACCAGCUCUCACAACUCUGCAACACCACAACCGAUACCUAAUAGACUCUGGGAAUGAAGAAGGCUUGUUUAGGCUCAACCAAAAGGAUGGCAUCAGUUACCUGCAUCUAACCAAGAAGAAGCCAUUGUCUGGUGUUUAUAACCUACAGAUUAGCAGUUUCCCUCUUUAUAAGGAGAAAGAGCUUAUCCAGCUUGAAGACAGACACGACAGAGACUACCUCACUGGUGAACUGGGUGACAUUCUUAAAAUGAAAAUUAGAAUCUUACUUCAUUAA